GCUGCGGCCGCCCCAAGCGUUUAGUAACGGUUUGAGUCUCGAGCCACUCGGAAGCACCACGCCGGUCGUUGGUGCUGUGUGUUCCGCUCGCGUAGAACUCACCCCUCGUUUCAGUCUGCUUCUCUGCACUCGCGAUCAUCGCGUUCGCGUGCGCGCACACACACACAGACACACAGCACGCAGCAUUCUGAUCCGGUCCGACAGCGCGAUCGUAAGACAGAAAACGGAUCUUGUGAGUGACGCACAUGAGGAAGCCAUUUUGUGAACCGAAAAUCAAAGGCGAAGACGAAAAAGUGUGGCACUAAUUUGUACUUAUAGCGCUUCCGGGGUGCAAGUGGGUCUUUGGGUGUCGCUCCCGGGAGAUUCUGUGAAGAAGAAGAAGGAGGUUCUAAAUGAUCUAGUAGAUAACGGCCGGUGGGGCGAGUGAGAUAAUGCAAGGCCACCCGAAAGCUGUCGGUGUGUGACAAAGAAGAUUACAAAUCGUGCCACGAGAGACAGCCAGGGCUGGGAUACUAAAACAGAGAAGUGUGCCGCAAACAGAGGGGGGCUUGUAGUGACUUGUAAAUGACUGUAAAGCCGAAGGUGGCAAGAUGCUAAUCAACAAAGAAACCAUUCCGUACAGGAUGGGCUUACAGCCUUUCUACUACUACCAGUCCUCGCCGCCGGUGGUCAAUGACCGGCUUGGAUAUCAUCUACCGAUCACACCACCGUACCAUCAUCCGUACGACUUCAUUCUUCCGAUGCAAUCACCGACGAACCCGGCCCCAAACUCGGUAGCGGCUGCGGCCGUUGCCGCCGUUGCAUCGGCCGCCGGUGUCCCACUGCCAGCGGCCUCGCCAGUGCGGCCAUCAUCACCGCUUUAUUUCUACCUCAACGCGGGACCCCCCGGAGCAACUGGAGCACAGGAUCAUCUGACAACGGGUACGCCGUUGUCACCACCGCAUACACCGCCACUACUGAUGGAGCGGACGGUCAGCGAGAUGUCGCUUCACUCGAACGGAUCGACGGUGGUCGGUCUUCGCGAUUCCGUCAUCAUGAAGGUCCAGAAUCAGCAGGUUGUGCCGGUACAAGGCGAUGCCGACACCGACACCAGUAGCACCGAUCCGUCGGAACCGGAAACAGUCGAAGAGUUCAUCUGUCGCUGGGAGAACUGCUACUGUGUAUUUUUCAAGCUGGAAGAUUUAGCCAGCCAUGUAACGGCGAAACAUGCAGUUAUCGGGCUGGACAACCUGUACUAUUGCCGCUGGGAGCGUUGCAUGCGCCAGGAUCGGGGCUUUAACGCACGCUACAAGAUGCUGGUGCACGUGCGCACACACACCAAGGAGAAACCGCACCAGUGCGGCAAGUGUGGCAAGUGCUUCUCGCGUGCCGAAAACCUCAAGAUCCAUUUGCGCUCACAUUCGGGCGAGAAGCCGUACGUUUGCCCUGUGGAGGGAUGCAACAAGGCCUACUCGAAUUCAUCGGAUCGUUUUAAGCACACUCGGACACACUCGAACGACAAGCCGUAUGUGUGCAAAGUGUCCGGAUGCAACAAGCGCUACACCGAUCCGUCGUCAUUGCGCAAACACGUCAAGACGUUCAAACACUCGAGCCACGGCGGACCCCAGCAGCUGCUGGCGGAUAUGGUUUGCAUGGAUUUUGAGAGUUUCUCGCAGGAUAGCACCAAGUCUGGAACGUCCCAGGGUACCAGUGCAGCCGGUUGUCGUACGCCGGACUAUGACUCCGAUACCGACACCGGUGUACUGAUCGAUGUGGUCAAUCUAGACUGUGGUCCAGAGGCACAGGAACAGGAGGAGAAGCUGGCGUACGAUGACUACCGUCGUUGCCAUCACUAUGGGCCUGUGACCCAGAGCGUCUACCGUGACGCUUCGCUCUGGAUCGUGGACUCUUUAUCGAGAGAUACGUACGGACGUGUUAGCGAUGUGCGGAUGACAAAGGAUGGGGAUGAUUCCGAUGCUACAGGAGGUGAUGGUGGUACGGAUAACCAGAGGGGGAAGGCAGAGCCACUGGAUCUGGUGCCAUACUCUGCGACUGAGCCGGCCAAUGAGCCGGGGCAAACGCUCCGCCCGAAGGCGCUCGAGGACGAGGAACUUUGCCUCGCCAUACAGCAGCUCAACGGCAUGCGGAAAUCUCGAUCGCUCCGGAUGGACGUCGAUGGUCCGCUCGAUCUCACUAUACAUCACCGUUAAUAGUAUACCCGGCGCGAGGUCGCUGCCCCUUCUUUUUAUCCCCUACUAUUCUACCCUUUCUAUUACAACCAAACUUAUACUGUGUUCUACAACGCAACUGAUGGAUUUUGUUAGCUUGUAAGAUGUUUUACUAUUUUACACACAUGAUUAAACAAUGAAGGCACCGGCCACCGUUACGCCGUUUAUAUUUUUAUCAGCACUAAAUAUGCUAAAAAGCGCAACACUGCUGGUGCUGGUGGGCUGGCGGGCUAGCUAGACCAAAACUAUGCAACCGCCUCAUGCACUGAGCGAGCAACCCGUUCAAGCUGGUUUUUUGAAUUUGCUGUGACUACCAAGUGGAACAUGAGCAACAUGCAAAUAUGCUGGCAGAUAAUCGAAAGAGAGUAGAAGAGAGAGAGAGAGAGAGAGAGAGAGAGAGAGAGAGAGAGAGAGAGAGAGAGAGAGAGAGAGAGAGAGAGAGAGAGAGAGAGAGAUAACGAGGUGCGCAAUCUGUGGUUUGAAUUGAAACUCAAUUUCUUUAUUAUUAACUAAAAACACAAAUACACUUUGUUACAAAUCGCGGUUGAACCAACUAUUGUGGAGUGGAUAAAUAAAUACUGUUUUUUCAUAAAGGGC